GCCAACCGGCGCAGAUUGUUAUUUUGUGAAUCGCAGUCUUCGAUUUGUGGACGCCAUUUUGUGUGGUGAGGACAGGUUUUUGUUUCCUGAACCGCUCUCCGGUUAACAUCGUUUUUUUGUGUAGGGUGUGUGCAAGGGUGUGAGUGUGGGUGAAAAAGUGAGCGGCGUUUCAGGCGUUCUAUCGGCCGGAGUGCACCGUCCGGAUUAAGUUCACGGAGCUGGAUCGUGGAGGUGGAGCUUAAGGCCCAGGGCGAAUGAUGGAGGAUCAACAGAUCGAGUUGAAAUCAGAGUAUUUGGAUGAGGAUUAUUCUGAAGAAACAACGCGACAUCAAAGAAAGACAACAAAAAUUAAAAUUAAGAAGCAACUAGAACCCAAACUUGGAAAAUAUUCACUGUCUGCUGAGGACUUUGAAGAUGAACCACAAGGCACUGAAGCUGAUUUUGAGCUGUAUGAGGUCGUUGAAGAAUCGGCGAGUAAGAUCAAUGCCGGAGACGUUGGUGGUAAUACUACACAUGAUGAUGAUUAUGCAGAAGACGAAGCGGAGGAAGACGAAGCAGUGGAAGACGAAGAAGUCGAAGACGAAGAAGUCGAAGACGAAGACGAAGAAGUCGAAGACGAAGCCGAUUGCGAAGACCAAAACGAGACUUAUAUCAUAGAGAACAAGAAAGAACAGCCCGAAGAGAGCGAUGUUGGUGACGAAGAGGAACCAGACGAGGAGUUGGUCAUUGAGCAGGAAAGUCAAUGCCGUGGUAUAAGAGCACUUGCUCGACAAAACAAGAGGCUGCAAGAUCGACAUGAUACGCUCACUCAACGAUUUAUACAAUUGGAAUCUAAUCUACAAACUUUGCACCCCACGAUGCCAACAACUAAAAUCUUGUGGCCUGUGACUGAUAUUGAUGCACUCAAAUCCUUGGAAGAACGAUUGCGGACAGAACAAGGCAUGAGGAAACUCUGAAGAAGAAAUUUAAAUCUGGGAACCAUAAAUCCCUGAACAGUUUUAUCAGCAUAAACUUGAAAGCCUUGUUCUACCAUGCUGGACGAUUCACGUGGACCGGGGAAGCUGCAAGUAAUGCGAAGCAUGGCAAGGAAACUCACAAGGCACAAGGCCUGCUCUGCGUGCAAGCACUUGUUGAUUCUUGCGAGGAUGUUUUUGGUGAAUGUGCUCAAAACAUCACCAGCGCAAUUGCAGAACGCUUAAUACGCAUGAAUGAGGCAAAACACCGACUGGAAAUAAAGGCAGCAGGUGGAUGUUCCAAGAAAUUGUUCACCGGCCAGCUCGCAAGCAUUCCGGCCAACAAAGCUGCGUCGAAUAAGCCUGGAUCUCUCAAGAAAUCGACGGACGAGCGGAAAUCGAUCGACGUCCCUCCGAGGGUUUCGGCCAUCAACAUCAAGGCGCGUGGAGGAACGAGCGCCGGAAACCCCGCCAGUGACAUUCCGGCCAGCAAAAUCGCUGCACGCGGGGAAACGAGCGCCGCCAUUCCCACGAGCUUUCCGGUCAGCAACGUGAAGGCGCGCGAAAGAACGAGCGCCGACAAUCCCGCCAGUGGCAUUCCGGCCAGCAAGGCAUCGUCGAAGCAGCCUGGAUCUCUCAAGAAAUCUAUGGACGAGCGGAAAUCGAUCGCCGCCCCUCCGAGGGUUUCGGCCAUCAACACCAAGGCGCGAGGUGGAACGAGCGCCGGAAAUCCCGCCAGUGGCAUUCCGGCCAGCAAAAUCGCUGCACGCGGGGAAACGAGCGCCGCCAUUCCCACGAGCUUUCCGGUCAGCAACGUGAAGGCGCGCGAAAGAACGAGCGCCGACAAUCCCGCCAGUGGCAUUCCGGCUAGCAAGGCAUCGUCGAAGCAGCCUGGAUCUCUCAAGAAAUCUAUGGACGAGCGGAAAUCGAUCGCCGCUCCUCCGAGGGUUUCGGCCAUCAACACCAAGGCGCGUGGAGGAACGAGCGCCGAAAAUCCCGCCAGUGGCAUUCCGGCCAGCAAAAUCGCUGCACGCGGGGAAACGAGCGCCGCCAUUCCCACGAGCUUUCCGGUCAGCAACGUGGAGGCGCGCGAAAGAACGAGCGCCAGCCAGCCAAACAGCAACGCUUCAUCUUAUCACCAUGGAUCUGGGAGAAAAAGAAAAUCGUCAUACACGGGGGAGCCGAACUACGUAACAGCACGCGGGGGAACAAGCGUCGGACAUUCCUCGAGUAUCAUUAUGGCCGGCAACGUCUUCGUACCCGGGGGAGUGAGCUAUCCCACAAGCGGCAUUGUGGCCAACAACAUUAUGUUGCGCGGGGGAACGAGCGCCGGCAACGUCAUUACGGGCGGGGGAUCGAUAGCCGAUCUACCGAUAAGCGCUUAUCAUCACAGAUCAUCGAAAAAACCACCCAUCAAAUUCUCCGGCAUCCACGUCAUCCGUAACGACAGAACGAGCGCUGGGACCGUCGUCACCAUCCCGGGCGGACAACGCGUCAGCUACGCCUUCCCCCGGAACGAAACCAACACUGGCAGCUAAACUGCCGUUCUACGCAUAGUUGUCUCAUGUCAUUUUUGAUCGAUUUUGGCUUUUUUUGUUAUUUUUAUGUCUA